AUGUUACCUGGAUGGAAUCGACUUCUUCGACGACAUCGUCAUUUACGUCAUUUACAAGUUCGAACUCCUGAAGAUGAUGAAAUAGAUGAUGAAGAAGAACAAGAACAAGAAGGAAAUACUGACGAUAGUCAAAAAAACAUAAUUACACUAGAUUCAUCUCUUCUUAAUACAACUUCAUCCAGACAAGAUCAAGAAAUAUCAACAAUUGCAUCUCAAUUAUUUUAUGUCUAUCGGCAAGAAAUGCUUGAAAUUCUUAAUUUAUAUGGACUUUCACAUGAAAGUGAUCUGUGGUGUCGAAAAUCAACGAAUACUACGGGUGGAGAACUUGAAGAUACAGCUUAUAAUCAACUCAAACAACUCGUUGUACGUACACGUGAGGCUUUCUUCUUACGUUUAGUAUCUUUCUGUUCGGACACUGGAAAUACUUGUAAUGCAAAUACAGCUUUCGAAAACUUUUGUGAUGGAUGUCAAAAAAUACACAAUGCUGUAGCUGUUGCAUUGUAUCGAGAAUGUUACAGUGGACAAAAUGGAUUGGAACGAGCACCAAUUCUAAGUUUACCAUGGUUAUUUACUACAGCACUUCUACAGACACGUCAAAGAAAAUUACUAUCAAUACAAGGUUUGCCUAGUGUGGCAAUGGAAACUGCACUUCACGAUCUGAUUAAUAAGCACUUAUUACGAUUAGAAGGACUAACAGUGACAUUUCGCACAUCGAACCAUCGUCGAAUCGAAGCAAGUGUAGAUUGGACUGUUUGUGUUUUUGUUGAAAUUCUUCAUCAUUGUCUCAAAUCAAAGUCUUUUCCUUCAUGGCCUAUGAUUCUUAGUCAAUUCAUACAUAAAACAUCUUCUUUGCAACAGUACAAUGCAAUUCAUGAAUGUUUAUUGGUCUUUAACAAUGAAGAACAGAACGAUUUAUAUGCUGCUAUACUCAUAUCGAUGGAAUGGACUGAGAAUGACGAUGAAUUAAUGCAUUUAUAUUUUGUUCAAUUACUCGAAAUUUGCUUUGAUCUUGAUCAAAGUAUGACUGAUGAUAAUAAUGAGUAUCUUCGAAUGAGCGAAGAAAUCAUUCUUAUACUCCAACGAGUGGCAGUCGAUGAAACUCCAUGGCCGGAAAAUCGCAGAUAA